GUCAGUGCUACAACAUCCUCAAGCAAGGUGUCACUUGAGACACCAGAAGCUGUCACCUUUUCACCAACCUUGCCAGUGGGAGGCAACGUUGCUGUUGGAUCACCUUGCCAGCUAUGAGGAAGAAGUGCCUGUGUUGAAGCUAACGAAAGAAGACCUUGUCUGUUUUUUGCCACACCAAGCGGAAAGGUCAAGGCUGUGAGGGUGGAGCCUGAUGGAUCAUGGUGGUCAGUUGGACUACGAGGGCAGCAUAAUGUCACAAGUUGUGGUGGGUGGGGUUGAGCAUUGCGAUAACAACACACCCCACCCUGAUCUUUUUUCCCAAAACCUCAACGAGACUCAAACUGAACAUUCCUCAGCUCUACAAAAUGAACUUGGAGCUGGGGUGUUUCUCAACAACAAUGGCGAGAACCAGGAGGGAGAGGAAGAGCGAUACAAAGAAGAAGAAGAGGAUAUUGAUGAGGUGAUGAAGGACGAGGAGGAAGAAUCUGAGACAUCAAGUUGCCUAAUUCACUGCCGGUCCUCAGAUACUCCCAUGACUGACUCCUCCUAUUCAGAAACAGGAAGCUUAUUGGAGAAUCCUUUCAGUCCUGGUACAAGUCCAGAACCUACAUCCCCUGUCAUCCAAGAAAUGUUAUCUCUCAUCAGCCCCUUGGAACUGGGUCAGAGUGACGUGGAUGUUGGUGGCUUUAAUGUUGGACCCCUUGCCUACAGCUCAUCUGGAAUGACCUUCACCACAGGGCCUGUGCUUUCUUCUCAUCUAUCUUCAACCUCAGACACUGGGCUGAGCUGCACUGAUGGAUUUGCGCAUAUCGCAACAAGUACUGCCAGAAGCAUUACAUCCACUUCAGAACCUCUCGCAACCUCUACUGUGUUCACAUGUACCAGUGGGUCUGCAGAAAUGACAUCCACCUCAAGGCCCAAUGCUUCCAUUACCUCUGUUUGUCAAACAAUAGUGCCCCUUACCUUCACCACAGGGCAGACAGAGUCCUCAUCCUCUACUGGAUCUCUGCAUUCGGAAAACUAUACUUCCUCCCCAAUGCCCACUUGCCGCACUACAAGGCCCGUCUCUUCUCUGAUGGGCUCUCUGGAGCAGUUGGCCCAUCGAGGAGAUGAUGCUCGCCUUCCACUAGACCUCCAUCAGAUCGCUGAGGCCUCUGUCCGUCAUGAAGAUUACCAGCUGGCUUUAAGGUGUAUCCAGCUGGAAAGGCUCUAUCACCAGAGAGUGUUGGACAAUCUUAAUGCUCUCCAGCAACAGUGGGAGAGUCUGUGUGCGAGAACCUCCCCUAGCCUGGAAGCCCGACAUCUGGACACUCUCAGAGACAUCUGUCAGACACACACUCGACCAAGUGCUGUAGAUGCUGUGUCUCUGGACUUCUUUAUGCCCGCAUUUGAACUGGAGGGUGCACUGCCUUCACAUCCAUCAGCUCAGCAGACUGAAUGUAGGAUGCAACAGAGAUUUCAAGACUCCUCCUGUCCACAGACCACAGUCGCACCCUCCGCUAAUUUGUCACAUCAACUAAAUUCCCCCGACAGUUCAGAAAAAGACAGGGAACACCCUGAAUGCAAUUUAGAAGGGAGGGUCUGUUUACAUAGGGCUGAGCUGACUGAGGAGGAGGAGGGCAGUGGAAGGGAGCAAGGGGAGUGUCCGGAACACACCAAUUCAGCUGAGAGAAACAUGUUGCACCCCUCUGAAGCUGGAGAAAUGGAUCAGACCAAGCCUGCAGAGCAGCAGGGUGGAGACUCUGGUUCAGCACAGGAAAAGGAGGUGGAUAGGGAAGAAGAAGAAGAAGAAGAAGGGAGCAAUGUGGGAGAAACAGCAGAGGCAUUGAUUAUGGAGGAUGAGACUGAAGAAGAGGGGGAGAAAGAGAAGAGAGUGCUCAAAGUGGAGACACUGCUCAGUGAGAUAGAAGCGGAGGUGGAACAUCUGCACCAGGAAGCUCAAGAGGCAAGACAACAUGAGGAGUCUGGUCAAGGGAUGGAGGAGAGCAAUGAAAGCUCCGUACUCCAGGAUGAUGGCCAUCUUCCUCAAGCGGCUCGUCUGAAACACGACAACCUGGGCAACGAGGAGGAGCAGGAAGAUUAUGAAGUUGAGCAAUGUGACAUCAUCAGAGAAGGCGCCACACUGGACGACAUGGCUAGACUCAUCACUGUAGAGGAGAUAUCUCCUGCCUAUGGCCUCAUCUCCAUCUUGAAGAAGAGAAGUUUGCCUGUUGAUGAUGUUAGUUUAUCUGCGAGUUCAGACUCCAGGCCCGAUAAACGAACUGCUAAAAAACGUGUCCGCUUCAGAGUUGCAGAUGAUGGCUUUGAUAGUGAUGUUCGUGGGAGAGACUCAUGCCUGCUUCUUUUCCUGCUUUGUUUGGUUACCGUGGUGAUCAGUGUGGGCGGCACCACCCUUUACUGUGCAGUGGGGGAUGUCCACUCCACAGUCUGUCAGGACUUCUCUAGAAAUGUGGACUUCUACUUUGGACAGAUGCAGCGUGCCGUAGCUCAGAUCCAACAGUGGUUUGGACCAAGGUCGCCGUCACAGUAGCAGUAUCUUGAGUUUUGGUACAGCCAGCUUUUUACAGGUAAGUAUCACACAGGUGUCCCUUCUUAGUUUGAAGGGGUCCACAAUGACUAUAUGACAAUUACACCAAAGGUCUCUCAAAUCAGCCAUGACUGCAUCAGCCAAAUUUCUCACUGGACUCCCUCAAAAACGAAAACAGCUGACAUUUCUGUAAAUUGUGAGGGGAAAAAAAAGUGCAGUUUAUAAGCUGGAGGGCUUGGACGUACUCUGCACACACAUGCUGCACAAAUAGGGCUCUUACGGCCGUGUUGCAACCUCUAGAGUUGCUUUUAAGGACAUCUUCUUUUUUUUUAUGACACAUGCACUUCCUUACUAAUGAAAUCAUUAUGUCUUAAUCAUGUCGUAACACAUUGAAUGUCUGUGGGGCAUUUAUGUGUUUUUAAGUAAUUUUUGCCACUGCGGGACAACAGGUGCAACGAGUAUGACUCAUAGGGGGUAAAAAAAGCACUGAUCUUAAACUAUGCAUUGUUUUACCACGGAGCAGCAUGCUCUACUUGUACAAAAGUACACCUACAAGCGGAUAUAUUACAUCUACCUACAGGAAUACAGUGCAUAUAGUAUAACAUGAAUGUAAACUCAACUGGUACUACUUUUUUUCUUUAUUUUCGUAAUAUUUUCUGUUGAGCUUGCAACGAUUCGGUGUAAUUUGCAAUGUCAGUAGGAUGUGAUGUAGCAUUGUGUCAGCCCAGCUGUCUGUUUGCAUCUCUCAGGAUUUCUAUACAUCGUCCUCAUUCAGGAUCAGCCACUGUUUUUUUUUAAUGUUCUUCUUUGUUUCUGUUCACUAGCGGGGGCUGGUGUUUGUCCGUGAAGACAACACAGAAUUGUCCCAGCAGUGUGUAAACUUUUGUUUUAGUUUAAAGUGUAGUUAUCUAUUAAGGGUGUCACAAGAUCUCGUGAGAUUGAAAUUCGACAAGAUUUGUCAUUUAGAAAAAAACUGUCUCGUGGGCACUAGGCAUGGGACGAUAAUAAAUAAAUUAAUUAAUCACACUAUAAAUAAAGUGAACUGUUUUCCUCGUCUUUUGUUUCCAAACAGGCAGGGAGAGGGUUCACUCAGUACAUUGGUUUAAGCACCGUGGCGAGUUAGUUCCAUAGAACAACGGCAUGAACAGAGUGAGCCCUUUUGUCAGUCAUACAGCAUACAGUCUUCUUGUCUUGCUGGGUGGAGUCGGGGCCGGUAGCAUACACAAAGAGCACACAAGACUGUAGCCUUGCGAGCAAGGUAACGUAGUAGAAAUCAAAUUGUUAGAUUGCAAUAUAUUGUCUCAUUGCAAUAUAUUGUCUUCGUCUUGGUGACCCAAUCUUGUGUAUCGUCUCGUCUUGGGAACUGAAUAUCUUGUGACACCUCUAUUGUAUACUUUACAUGUCUUACUUCAGUAGUAUGCCAGAAAUACUAUGGAAAAGGUACCAUUUUAACAGGUGAGAGGAGCUUCCAUGCAGUGUCUUAUAUGCAUUAUUAAUAGUCAAAUCAGUAUUGUCAUGUCACACAAUGAUGUAAAAUAAUGUAAAUAAUGCCUUCUUGUUUUUAUUUGCACGAGUCUCCUGGCUGGUUCAGAUGACUCAGAAGUCUACUUAUUUAUGACUCAGUGGAUGCAAAGGUUAUGUUUAUGUUCAUCUUCCUCACUUUAAUGAUUGCUAUUGCACAUUCUAAUAGCUUUUCAUCUAUGUUGUCCUCUUUUUUUAAAUAAUGGAAUGCUUUUUAACAAAUUAUGUGUAAUUUGCUUUUUCUACCUGACCGGGUUGUCACAUUAGAUUGUGAUGCUUGUACAGUCUUCCAAGCAAAAACAUUGGGUUGGCAUAAUCUGAUGAUACACAUUGGUCUUAUAUGUGAGAUGUCUUUGUAGUAGAAAAAAAAAAGACAUUAUUUUUAUGCCUCUGCAGCACAAAUUGCUCAUGCAGUUGAGUAAGGAUUGGGAUCAUUGAUGGUAAUACAAUACAUUCAAAAGGUGAUGUAAAGGUGUUUUUCAUACCUGUACAGUUUAAUAAGUUCAUUUUUAAAUUUUCUUUGUUGUUCUUCAUUCAAAAUAAGCCGUUUCCAGCCACAGAGGUUUGGUCUUAUAAAAUAUCCUAUCUUUGGUACUUGUUAAUGUCUAACCCUGAAGUAAAGUCUGGGCUUUGAACGUG